AUGGCCGUUACAAAGUAGUAUGCAACAAACGAUAUGAAAGCUUCAGCAGUGAAUUAAAAUAAAGGCAAAGUAGAGAAGAAAACUAUUACAGUUAAAGGAGCAACAUAAACAUUAAAUAAUUAAAAUAAUGGAGCUAAUUCAACUAGCGUUGAUGCUAAUAAACUUGAAGAUAAAACCAAAAAAAAUAAUGUUUUAGAUUUUUCAUUCAAAAAUAUAUAAGAUUUAGCAGAGUUGAAAACCAUAGAUCCAAAUAGUGGAAAGAAAAAACACACCGCUACAGAAAAUUAAGCUGUUGUUGAAGAGGAUAAAAAAUUUGGAGAUGACGAAUAAAGUAAAAAGGAUGGCGAAGAAAAUGAGAAAGAAGAAAAAGAAAAUGAAGAAAAUAAAGAAGGAGAAGAAGGAGAAAAAUAGGUUAAAGAUAAAAAAGAAGAAAACAAAAAGCAAGAACGUAAAGAACCUGAAGUAAUAAGAGUUAUACCAUCUAAUACUGCAUAAAAUAUUAUAGUUAAUAAUCACGUUCCUAUGACCAAUGGUGUUACUAAAACUGUUGGUGGUAAAACUGUAGAAGAGUAAAAGACUCAAUCAUAAAAAGCACUAAAAAAAGUUAGCAUAUUAUGUAGAUCUUUAGUGCUUGGAUAUAAUAAAAUAAGGUCUAUUGAUAAGUUUUUCCCAAUUAUAGAUUCGAUAAUGUUUGAUUGUGUCAAUUUAGGCUUUUUAGAUUUAUCUCAUAACUAUCUUCAGGCACUGCAAUAUGAUUUUAGUCACUUCCCUAAUUUGAAGAUUUUAUAUCUCCACUGCAAUUACAUUAAAGAUUUAAGAGAAAUCUAAAAGAUAAAAUCUCCUUUAAUUUCUUUGACUAUUCAUGGAAAUCCUGUUGAAUCGAUUCCUGGUUUUAGAUAAUUUAUUAUUGCUAUUAUUCCCACUCUUAAAAAUUUAGAUACUGCUCCUAUUUCUAAAAAGGAGAGGGAUGUUUUAGAUACCAAUAUUAAAAAAUUACUUACUAGAAUUCCUCCUCCCGUUCAAAAGGCUGCAGAACCUCCUCAAGAAAGCGUUAAUAAUAAUAACAACAAUAAUGAAAAUAAAAAUAAUUGA